CCAGAUCGAACUGCUUCCCUUCUCGUUUUUACUAGGUGAUUCAUGGCUGCCUAGCCAAAUUACCAGAAUACCCCCUCACACUGAUUUCGUCAUAAUCGGUGGCUCAGAUCUUGGUUAUGAACGUGCUUUACCAUUCUGGAAAGUAGAGAUUAAGACCUUUCCAACGCGUAUAAGCUCAUUUCUAGAAGUUACCUGAGCAGCACGCAAUGAUCCGUUGAUAUCGUCAGACUUAAUCUCUAAUUAGUUCUCUCCAGAUUUGCACGAUUUCCAUCAGUGGUAUCAGAGCCACGGUUAGAGGACGUUCUUUCCUCCAUUGGAAGAGAUCUAGAGAGGCUUGAAGGUGGAUGAGAAUGUGAGGGCUUUGGAGGAGCUGGAUUACACGGUAGAUGAGAAGGAGAUCAUCUAUACUGCACUCCAAGGGUUGGAUCAAGCGGCUAAUGAGGCAUUACUACAGUACCUUCACCUCGAGCAACAGAAAUGGACCAAGGUGUGGAUUUGGGAGGUUCUAAUUUCUGAUGAGGCUCGCAAGGUUGAUGCUGGAAGAGGCCUAGAAGGAGGCAUGGGUGCAGCAGAUAAAGCUUCCUUCAGGAAAGGCUAUCAACAGCAAGGAGCAAGGGAGCAACGGCGGCAGCUGCUAAGGAUGAGAAGGGGAAGGGGCAAGACGACUCCUCCGAUGAUGGUUUCUCGUUUCUCAUGCUAGGGCAGGAUGCAUCUCUCGCUGGUCGUGCAUUGGCUGAUCCCAACUU